AUGAAUACCACACACCUUGCUUUUCAUUUCAGCCUGUGCUGCUUAAUGUCCGAAGACUUCAAUGACUCAAUUCUCAACAACAGAAGCGGCGAUGGAUUUUGUGAGCAGGUCUUCAUAAAAGCUGAAGUCUUCUUGACUUUAGUGAUCAUCAGCCUGCUGGAAAACAUCCUUGUCAUUCUUGCAGUGCUGAAGAAUGGAAACCUGCAUUCUCCCAUGUAUUUCUUCCUGAGCUUGGCUGUGGCAGACAUGUUAGUGAGCAUGUCAAAUGCCUUGGAGACCAUCAUGAUUGCAAUCCUGAGCAACGGCUAUUUGAUCAGUGAUCACCACUUUAUUCAGCAUAUGGACAAUGUGUUUGACUCAAUGAUAUGUAUUUUUGUAGCCUCAAUUUGCAACCUCUUGGUUAUAGCCAUUGACAGGUACAUAACGAUUUUCUAUGCUCUCCGUUACCACAGUAUCAUGACAGUGAAGAAAGCUUUAACCCUGAUUGUGGUCAUUUGGAUCGCUUGCAUCGUCUGCGGCAUCAUAUUCAUUGCCUACUCAGAAAGCAAAACUGUCAUUGUCUGUCUCAUCACAAUGUUCUUUACCAUGCUCUUCUCAUGGCCUCCUUAUGUUCACAUGUUCUUGUUUGCACGCCUGCAGGUUAAGCGGAUCGCUGCCCUCCCUGUGGACGGGGUGCCCUACCAGCGUACUUGCAUGAAAGGAGCUGUCACCAUCACUAUAUUACUAGGUGUCUUCAUUGUUUGCUGGGCACCUUUCUUCCUUCACCUCAUUCUCAUUAUUUCUUGCCCAAUGAAUCCAUACUGUGUCUGUUACACUUCACAUUUCAAUACCUAUCUGGUCUUGAUAAUGUGCAACUCAGUAAUUGAUCCGCUUAUUUAUGCCUUCCGGAGCCUGGAGAUGAGAAAGACUUUCAAAGAAAUAGUGUGUUGCUGUUACGGCAUGAGUGUGGGACAGUGCAUGCUGUAA